GUUUCAAAUUAAAACAAAUCGGAGAAGCUUGAAAAUUUAAAACCAGGACCUUCCCCUAUAAAUAGCAACCUUAACCUGCAUUUUAUUUACACCAAGAAAACGAUCAGUUCAGCUCUAUAUAUAUAUACAUAUAUACGUAUAUAUAUAUACUCUUUUUUUUCGACCAUUCGUUUUAGCCCAAACCAAGCCCUUAAAAUACUUCUCAAACCUUCCCCUUCAUGAGACGAAUCCAACGGUGAAAGAAUCGUAGAAAACGGUCGUGAAACGAGGAAGAAAAGCCUCGCCGGAGUUUCGCCGGGGAAAAACAUUUCGACGGAAAACGGAGAAGAGGGAGGAGCUGCCGCCGCCGCCGUACCACCUCUGACCUUCGCCGCCCUGCUACCACCAUUUUCGGCCGUUCGCUCGUCCAAACGGAGUGAAUACUUAGAGACCCAAAUUGAAGAAGAGAAUUAGGAGCAUCGGGACUUAAGAAUAUGCCGCCUAGGAGAGAAGUCCCCACAGCACCAACUAAUGCUGAGCUGGCGCUGACCAUGCAACAUUUUGCUCAAACGUUAAGCACAUCGUUUCUCCAGAACCAGCAAACCAGCAAUGACGCCUCUAAGAGGGUAGCAGCUCGGAAUCCACCGAGUUACCAAGGUCAAGAGGAUCCUCUCAUCCUUGAAGAUUGGAUACGCUCCUUUGAUAAGUUGUUCGAGGCAGUUAACUGCCCGGCGGAACAACGAGUUGACAUCGCCGCCUACUACUUGCAUCAGGAGGCCGACAACUGGUGGGCCACUGAUGGACCAGCCUUACGUCAGCAACCAAAUCUUUCUUGGGAGUCAUUUAAGGAGGCUAUGAGGGAAAGAUUUUAUCCCGAACAUGUCAAAGCAGAGAAAUAUGAGGAGUUUUUGUAUCUCAAACAAGGAGAUAUGUCAGUCCAGGACUAUUACGCCAAGUUUGUGGCGUUAGCUCGGUUCGCACGUGCUCUAGUUCCAGACGAGAACAGCAAAGCCCGAAAAUUCAUCCAUGGCCUGAAUUUCGACACUCAGAAGGCUGUAAGUGUGCUAGGAUGCCAGACGUUGAACGAAGCCUAUACGAAAGCUGCUCUUCACUAUAGGGUUCAACGAC